GAGGGCAGUUCCUGACUGAGUCAUCACUGGUGCCUGGACUGCUAACAGUUUCAAAGCAGCAACCUCUCUUUCCAGUCUUAUGUAUUAAGUUGAUUUUGUUUUUGGAAAUUUUUUAACAAUCUUUGCUGUUGGAUUAAAAAGUCUGAGUCACAUGUCCAGCCUCAGGACACUGGCAGAGCCGCAACAUUCCUGUAAACCAAACUCACAGCUCUUCGGUGUUAUCAUCAGUUAUCAACACCCAACAUCCAAACAUGGCAGCUGCAGCACUCGUCACAGAAAACUUUAAGUUUGUGGCCCUCUUCUUCAAGAGUAAAGAUGUGAUGAUCUUCAACGGUCUGAUUGCUCUGGGCACUGUGGCCAGCCAGACCGCAUUCAACGUUUUUGCUUUUGAAUGUCCUUGUUCGUCUGGGAGGAAUUACCUUUACGGCCUCGCUGCCAUAGGUGUACCGGCGCUGGCCUUUUUUCUGGUAGGAAUAAUGAUGAACAAGAGCACGUGGGACCUGGUGUCUGAGUGUCGCCUCCGAAGUUGCCGAAAGCUGUCUGGAGCCUCUGCCUUCGCUCUCUUGGGAACCAUCGUCGGUCGGAGUCUGGUGGCUCCAAUAACGUGGGUGGUUUUCUCUUUGCUUCAGGGCCAGGCUUACAUGUGUGCCCUCAGCGAGUUUGUCGACCCCGGCACCCUGGAGGGCUUCCCUUUAGCUCGAGGGUUGAAAGUAAUGGCUAACUUCCCAUGUCGAGACAGUGUUCCAACAGAACUGCAAAGCUUCUGUGGCGAAGUUGAGCGACGAUUGAAAUAUGAAUCCCAGCUAUUUGGCUGGCUGCUGGUGGCAGUAAUGUCCCUGACGGUGUUCCUGAUGCUGUGCUUGAAGCGCUGCGCCUCUCCACUUGGCUACCAGCAGGAGGAUUACUGGUCCCAGUAUCGGUCUAACGAAAGGACCCUCUUCCAGCGCACUGCGGCUGUACAUGCCCGGCUACUGGCUGCGGAGAACGUUAAAAGCUUCUUUGGCUUCGUGGCUCUGGAGGCAGAGGAGAAGGAGCAGCUGGCUGAGCAUCAGAGGGCCAGUCCCAUCUGCAGCACCAACUGGAACAGGGUGACUGGUAUCUACCUCUACAGAGAAAGGAAAGGACUGCCUCUGUACAGCAGGCUCAACAAAUGGGCCACGUACAGCCUGGAGAAUAACUUUGAGGCCAUGGAAAAAGAGAUGGAUGUGCUCAGCUGAGCAGAUCCUUUCUGGACGGUUGUCCGGUGACUGGGAGCAUAAAGGCGUCAGUGUGCUUCAAACAGAGCGGGUCAUCCAACAGCUAUCCUCUUGUCUUUCCAUUACAUUGCAUGUUAUUUAGCUGACGCUUUUAUCCAAAGCGACUUACAUUGCAUUAUAACCCGUGCAUUUUAUUUUCUGCCUGGGGAGCAAUCAGGGGUUAGGUGUCUUACUCAGGGACACUUCGACAUGGCACAUGUGGCAGCCGGGAUUUGAACCACCAACCUUGUGGCCCCCAGCGCACUGCACUGCACUACUCCAUGCGCCACCAUCACCCAUUUCCCUGUUUCAAAACUUUCUCACAGUCUUAGUGACUUUCUCAAUGUCACUAAUCAUAUUUAUGCCGCUUUAAUAAGACCCAUUUAGCACUGAAACAUUUCGUUCAUUAUCAAUACAAUUUGUUAAACCUCAAUUAUGCUCCUAAACGGGAAGCCAGGUUCCACACAUGCUUGGUAGAUUAAUACGUAGACUGCUACGCUACCUCACGUAGUUCGGUAGCCUAAAUGUUUAAAGUGUUUAUUGACAAGCCUGCCUACUUUGCAAAUCAAAUUUGAUGCAGCCUGAAACUAUCCAAGGAAAAUGAUCAUUAGCUAAUUUGCAAAUCAAAUUUGACGCAGCCUGAAACUAGCCAAGGAAAAUGAUCAUUAGUUUAUCACAACCGGGUGGAAAAAAGGGUUUAUGGGUUGUGAAGUCCAUUUAUAACUCAAACAUCUGCUGUACAGUCCUUUUUUUAAAAUUUUCAUCAAUAAAGUUGGAGGUCUUGUUGUGUAUUAAACCCCCAACAUCCAACUUGGAAUGGUACCUGUGUUUCUGCACUGAUGGUUUAUUCAAAACAACAAUUGGGUUUGAUUGAUUUAAAAGCUUUGGUCUGAUCUGAGUCGGUCAUCCUGUUUGGGGGGGCAUGGAUGACGAAAACGUUCCUGGUGGUCUUGAUGAUGGAGAG